AUGCGCUUUCCAUUGCUGUCAUGGCUGGUACUGUCCUGUUCGCUGCUGUCCUGUCUACCACAAAAUGUCGAGGCGGACCUGACAGCUACCAUCGAUGAGGAGUUACCCAUCGACUCGGUCGUCACCACCAUACCACCUCACGUCUACAACAAUCUAAACCCCGAACACGUGAUGGUCGCCAUCUUGAACCAGAAGACGCCGCCGGCGAGUUAUUUUAAGAUUGACCAAUCCACGCGGACGAUCAGUGUGGCCAGGAGAAUCGACAGGGAGGAGAUUUGUGACCGGCGCUAUCAUUGCCAGGUACAGUUCAACAUCGCCAUCCAAUCAUUGUCUCAAGAGUCGAGCGCGUUCUCCAACAUUGAAACGGUCAAGGUCAUCAUUAACGACAUUAAUGACCACACGCCAACUUUUCCGGCAAGGGAAGUUACUCUAGAAAUCUCAGAGGUCGCCAAGGUCGGGACGGAGCUCAAAAUCAGCGGUGCCGUGGACCGUGACGCCGUCCCAGAGUUCCAGGUCCAGAGCUACAACAUGACCCCGGUGGUGGCCAUCUUCAGCAUCCACCCCACCAGCCACCCCGACGGCAGCAGCACCAUCAACCUCCGCCUGGAGCGCGAGCUGGACCGUGAGGCCGCCGAGUCCUUCACCUUCAACCUCGUGGCCUACGACGGCGGCAGCCGGCCCAAGAGCGACUUCCUCAAGGUCAAGGUCAUGGUGACGGAUGAGAACGACAACACGCCCGUCUUCGAUUCGCUCAAGUACCAGUGGACGGUGCCGGAGACCGAACCGGUGGGGGCGGUGGUUGGACAGGUCCGAGCUCUUGACAAAGAUGGCGGCUACUUCGGGACGGUCAAGUACCAGUUCAGUUUGGCCACCCCGCCGGCCAUCAAAAAUCUACUGGCCCUGAACGCCACCAGCGGGGAGGUCAAGGUCGCCGGGGACCUGCGGGAAGCCCGACGGUCCGGGCCGCUGUUGGUCUACGUGGACGCCAAGGACGGGGGCUACCCGCCCCGGGUCAGCCAGACCCAGGUGCUCGUCGAUAUCAAGAAAUCCGGAAACGACCCCCCGAAGGUGAAGGUCAACACCGUUCUGGCGGGGGACGCCACGGUGGUGUCGAUCCCGGAAUCGGCCGUCGUCGAUUUUUUCGUCGCGUUCAUCGACGUGGACGAUGACGACGAAGGAGCCGCCGGCGAGGCCGACUGCCGGCUUUUAUCCGGCAACGAGUUCAAGCUGAAGCCGGUGGCCCGGAAAGGUUACACCCUCCUGGUUAACAGGCCGGUGGACCGUGAAAAAAGAGACUCUUACGUCAUCGUCAUCUCGUGUAUGGACAGGGCGCCGAAUCCUCUGGAGACGCAGGUGUCCUUGACCGUGAACCUCACCGACGCCAACGACAACGCGCCGGUGUUUCAGCAGCAGGUGUACAACGCGAAGGUGACGGAAAACCUUCAGGACCAGUUCGUCAUCCAGGUUUCCGCGAAAGACGCGGACUUCGGCAUGAACGCCGAGGUCUUGUAUUCCCUCCCCUCGGAGGUUCGCGGAUACCUCAAGAUCCACCCGCGGUCCGGCAUCAUCACUACCGCCAACAAACUAGACCGAGAAAAAAACCACAGCCUUUCCUUCGAGGUCUUCGCCGCGGACAAGGGAGACAAACCCACCACGGGCACGGCUCAAGUUUUCAUCACGGUCGCGGACGUCAACGACAACGCCCCGCAGUUCAACGUCUCGAGUUUCAACUUCUCCGUGUCCGAGUGGUCAGCCAACAACAGCUUUGUCGGUCAGCUCAACGCUCAUGACGCGGAUUCGGGUAGAAACGGGGAGUUAUAUUUCUACUCAAACUCCGAAGCGACCUUGCCGUUCCACGUUUCCAAAAACGGAUCCAUCUUCCUGAUUGGUCAAAUUGACCGCGAGGUCAAGGACACCUACUCUUUUAACGUGCUGGUUUCUGACUACGGAGACAACCCGCAGACCAGUUCCGCUUCAGUGGAUAUUAAAAUCAACGACGAAAACGACAACGAGCCUUUGUUUCUUUUCCCCACGUCUAAAAACCACACGGUUUUGAUCUCGAAUUUUCCAGAAACGGGAACUCUCCUCGGUCGCGUCAUCGCUUACGACCUCGAUCAAGGCGAUUUCGCGAACCUGCGUUACACCAUUUCCGAAGGCAACGAAAAAGGAUUUUUCACCAUCGAUUCAGUAACCGGUGAGAUAAAACUUCACAAAACAGAAUCUUUGGGAAAUCCCGCAGAUUACCUACUUUCAAUUUCUGUUUCCGAUGUCUCGAAAACGCCGAGAAAUUCCACAACGCAGUUAAAAAUCGAAGUCAACUUCGCCAACAGUACGGAAACACCCGAAGAUAAACGAGAUCAUUACGUAGUCAUAGUCGGUGUCAUCGCCGGCGCUACCUGCCUUCUGUCGAUUAUAAUCGUCAGCGCCAUUUUAGUUCUUCUACGUUCGGACAUGCGCAGACACGCAAGGGCGGGCUCGCUGUUUAAAAACAAAUUCAUUCAGGGCUGCGGUCAAACGGUGGCCGUGGAUACCACGCUGGUCACUGCGUUCAACGACUGCAGCCUGCCCAAAGAGACCAAAGAGGAGAACUACAGCCCGGUGAAGAAAAGUUUUGACCAGCAGAAGAAAGUCAGUUUCAACGUCAAGGACAAUCUGGAAGACAGUUCUGAUUCUAGACAAGUCAAGUCGCUGGGCGAUAAAACGAUUUACCAACCAAAUUGUUCAGACGACAGUGACGCGUCGUUAGAGUCUGUGACGUCAGACAGUGGACGUGGUGCCAGUGACGAUGACAUCAGAACAAAUAUGACGUCAGGUUCGCUGUUAGAGGUCGCUCGUCAUUACAACAGUAAUAAGGUCAAGGGUCACAGCACACACAUGAGUGCGCCCGACAUACACAGCGGUGCUCCAGUUCACACUUACAACGGCCGACUACACACGAACUCUCCUGGCAUGAGCACGUUCAAAUCCGGCCCGCCAUAUGGCACGCACCUGAUGAAUAAUUCCUUUCCCCGGCACUCGCGGGGAAAAAUUCACACGACACCGCCUCGGCGACCGCCUCACGUUUUGUCUACACUGAUAGACGAGGAGACGGCAAGCAGCACAUCCGGUAGCUACACACUGAACCACGAUGACGUUCUGGAUGAAAUGAUGCGACGAGACUUGGUCGUGUGACCUAGUUUUAAGUUAACCUCGAUAUACGAGACGCUGAAUCGGAAGCUGUGUCGUUUUCUGCAGACGUGUUGUUUACCACGAGCCGCGGUUGAAAGUUGAAACAGAUACGCCGUGUGAACUAAUGAUAGGCGGACAAGCACACAGUCACACACUGGCUAUAAGCACCAAAACAAGUUGACUUAUUUAUUUCACUGAAGCAAGAAGAUUGCUGCUAUAAGAGUUUUGGGUCCUUGUGUAUUACUCGGGACUUAUGACUCAUGGAGUUCACCAAAAAAAAAUAAAACUGGUGACUUUUUGCUAUAUUUAAUACAAAAUUAAAGUGGGCAGUUUCAUUUAGAGAAGUGUCAGUACAUCGUGCGCUGCAUUACAAGUCAAAACUAUGCAUUAAGGGACUAAGAAUG